UUUGUCCUUUAUUUGCAGAGAUGGGGUUUCACGUUGCCCAGGUUGAUCUCGAAUUCCCAGGCUCAAGCGAUCCGCCCGCCUCGGCCCCUCGAAGUGAAGGGAUUACAGGCGUGACAUGCCACCGCGCCCGACCAAGGCGCUUAAUUAGCUUUCUGUUAAGUUUUCACAACCACUUUCCUACCACAACCUACUGUUCCUGUUUUACAAAUGGACAAAACCAACCGACGAAAGGGCACUGGACCAUGGGAUUACGGCACGUCCCUGUGGGAUAACGUUGAGAUGGUUGCUUGCCCAGAGCGGCAGCUGAUGCCUGAAGCGCCUUCCAAUCCCAACACUCGACCUAACUCAAGGUUACCAGUGCUCAGCUGCGGCUGCAACUGGGCCUCGAAACUUGAAGGCCUUCUCUGCUACAGCCUUCGUUCCCGGGGACAGAAAGGGGAUGUUCCUAACCCGUAGUACGCCGGCGCCUUCGCAGAGGCCCAUGGCGUGACCUCUAGCCCGGAUGCGCAAGUUCCGCAGUGAAAUGAACUUUGGCGUUCGGCAGGGGUCGCCUUGUUCUCCUGAAGGCUUCCUCUUCAGCCAAUCACUGCUCGAGGCCCGCCCCCAUCGCCGGAAGGAGCCGUCGCCCCGAGCAACUACAACGUCCGGCUUUCUGAGUUGGGUGGCAGGAAAGGCGAUGAGUAAAGGGCGGGCAGAAGCUGCGGCGGGAGCCGCCGGGAUCCUCCUGAGGUACCUGCGGGAGCAGAACCGGCCCUAUAGCGCUCAGGAUGUGUUCGGGAACCUGCAGCGGGAACACGGACUGGGCAAGGCGGUGGUGGUGAAGACGCUGGAGCAGCUGGCGCAACAAGGCAAGAUCAAAGAGAAGAUGUACGGCAAGCAGAAGAUCUAUUUUGCGGAUCAGGACCAGUUUGACAUGGUGAGUGAUGCAGACCUUCAAGGCCUAGAUGCCAAAAUCGUGGCCCUCACUGCUAAGGUGCAGAGCUUGCAGCAGAGCUGCCGCUACAUGGAGGCUGAGCUCAAGGAAUUAUCUAGUGCCUUGACCACACCGGAGAUGCGGAAAGAAAUCGAGGAGUUAAAGAAGGAAUGCGCUGGCUACAGAGAGAGACUGAAGAACAUUAAAGCAGCUACUAAUCAUGUGACUCCAGAAGAGAAAGAGCAGGUAUACAGAGAGAGACAGAAGUACUAUAAGGAGUGGAGGAAGAGGAAGAGGAUGGCUACAGAGCUGUCUGAUGCAAUCCUUGAAGGAUACCCCAAGAGCAAGAAGCAGUUCUUUGAGGAAGUUGGGAUAGAGACAGAUGAAGAUUGCAACGUCACACUCCCAGACCCCUGAGGGGCCCGUGGUGGGGACUGCAGGAUGUUGAAGAGUGAGAUGUCCUGGACUGGCUGCCUUGUUUCGGUUGACUUUUGUUGUUGUUCCUGCUGCUUUUCACCUUUGAGCAGAGCAGUCAGGAGACGGGCAUAAACCAGAGCAGUGGGUGGAGGAUGAGGGCUGAUGGCUGGGGGUGGACCCAGCCCAUUUCAUUGUCUACAUUGCAGUAGCUUGAGCUUAACACUUACACAUGGAACAAUGCUGAAAGAAAGCAUUUGGCAAUAUUUAUUGUAAUUUCAUUUGAUAUAAAAAUAAUUAAUUUCCUCUGGGUAGUCAAACCUGCCAGAUACCAAACCUGAGGAAGGCAGAAGUGAACCUGGAGAAUUAGGGUAGAGCGAGGUUGCUAUAAACCAGAAUUUGGAGGGCCCAAAGCCUCACUCAGGACUCUGGUGGACUUGUGUACCCCAGGAGACCUUUCACGUACGUUCUGUACCCUUUCACUCCACCCCUAAGUCCUGGGAGAAAUGCAGGCAACACUGAGACAUGGGAGGGGCGUAGAUAGGCUUGACAGAAAGGCUGGGUGGUGGUUUUGAGCCCCAGUUAAUAUUUCAAAAUUGUAACUAUAUCAAAACUGCAUUGGUUUUAGAAAAAUAAAUUUCAAAUAU